AUGGAGGGCGUCGAGGUUGACCUCCCCCACUUGGUCAGGUCGGCAGAGCUACCAAUGUCUGGAGAUGAUGUGCAGCAACGGAGGGAUCGAGCUCGCGCUGACAUCCAUCACAUUCCGUCGGACACUGGCAGAUCGGCAUGCCAUGGAGAUCAGAACAAGCUAACCUCCAGGCACAGCGAGAAGCUGCAGAUAGCAGUCGAGCAUCUGAGCAUAGCGGUCUCGCUCAGGAAAAUGAGCGAAGAUGGUACGGUAGACUGCAAGACCCUAUCCUGCGACUUGAGCGAGUGUGUCCUGCGGCUGUGCAAGGCUGCUUGUCUGCGCGGCUUCGCGCUUGGGCUGGCGAUGCCGCGUCUGGGUGCCAGCAGUGCUGUAAAUCCUAGUCCUCCUCGCUUGAUGGCGGACGUGACGUUGGUCCACCCUUACAUUGGUAGCUCUGCCGACCUGACCAAGUGGGGGGAGGUCAACCUCGACGCCCUCCAUGUUGCAGCGUCUGAGAAGAUUCGCAAACAUCGCGCUGCAUAUGCCAUGACUACUCCUCCUCGAGCGUUCAUCCCUCUUGCCAUCUCGACGGACGGUACCCUGCAUCCUGACACCCUCCGCUUCAUCUGGUAUCUCGCGGACAUCAUUGCUCAGCGCUCGAUGCCUCUUGAGGAUGCGGCGUUUGGUCGGCACUUUGUGCCUGAUGACGGACCUGCUGCUGAGGUCUUGGCUCGCAAACGCGCCGCCACCUAUCAGCGCCUCACCAUGCAGCUGACGCUGGAAGCGCUCUUGUCUGGUGCCAGGCGCAUGACGCCCUUGCGGGCGCAAGCACUUCUCGAGCCAGAGGACAGCUCCUCCUCGGACUUUGUCGAGUCGCCCGAGGAGUCUUCGCCGGAGGUCUCCGACUCCGAUGGGGGACACCCUUCGAGUGGCGCCGACGAUCGGCGCGGAGCUGGCGAGGCGUCUCCGUCCCUCACUGUGACGUCGGGUGCCUCCGGAGAGCUCGACACCACUGGGGCUGCUUGUCUGCGCGGCUUCGCGCUUGGGCUGGCGAUGCCGCGUCUGGCUUCUCGCUGUGGACUGUGUGCCUGCCGGUUCAGCUUGUUCCUGCUUUGUCUUGCUUGA